AUGAACGGUCAUUUUUCGAAACUAUACCGGCUCGGACGUCGCCCGGGUGAACAAGGUCCGCGUCCUCUGUCGUGGGACCAGGACAGAGUCGAAAAGUUGGCUACUGGAACAACUGUUUCGUCAGAAACACCAACUAUUCAAAGAACAAUAAGAACAACAACAACAGCAGCAGCACUAACGACAACAACAGCUCAAUCAAUAUCAACAUUAACAAACACAUACAAACCAGCCUCCAACAAAUUGAAAAUAGCGAAGGAUGUCUUCACUAUCGGUACAUGGAAUGUUCGUACGUUAUGGGCAAGUGGGAAACUGGAAUUAUUAAGAAACGAAAUGAAACGAUAUAAACAUGACAUUGUUGGCAUUUCAGAAGUGCGAUGGACAGAUAAAGGAGAAACAACAAAGGGGGAUUUUAUCUGGUCAGGUGAAAGCAGCGCACAUGUUAGAGGAGUAGGCAUGCUACUCAGCACAAGGGCUCAAAAAGCAAUGAUGGGUUACAAUCCAAUAAAUUCACGAAUAAUUACAGCAAGAUUUAUGGCAAUACUAUUCAACAUAACAGUUAUCAAUGUUUACGCUCCAACAGCUGAAGCCUCAAAAGAUGACAUGGAAACAUUCUACGAUGAUUUAGAAAAUGCAAUAUUAAAAACGCCAAAAAAGGAUAUACUUAUCAUAACUGGUGAUUGGAAUGCAAAGGUAGGUGACGACAACAGAGGCUGGGAAGGUGUAAUGGGCAAAUAUGGUUAUGGACAACGAAACGAACGCGGUGAACAACUAUUAGAAUUCGCAACAUCACACAAUCUAUUCAUUUGCAACACAGCUUUUCAACAAAAACCAAAUCGGAAAUGGACAUGGGAAUCACCGGAUGGCAUACACAAGAAUAUGAUCGAUCUGAUUCUUGUUCAACAACGCUGGAAAUCAUCAGUCAUCAACUGUAGAACAUUUCAAGGAGCUGAUAUCAGCUCUGAUCAUUCUUUAGUCUUGUGCAACAUAAAACUAAGAUUGAAAAGUCUAUCAGCAAAAACAAAACACAAUCAACGACUCAACACCAAACAACUCCACAAUCCAACAACACAACACCUAUAUCAAACUCAGCUUGAAAACCUUCUAAACAAUAUGGACACCAACUGCAGUAUGGACGAACAUGCCCUACAAAUAGAACAAGCAAUAAAAAGAGCAGUACAAGCAAACACAACAACUCAAAAAGCAAUAAGAAAACCAUGGAUUUCACUUCAUACACUCAAUUUGGCAGAAGAAAAGCGGAAGGCAAAGCAAACAAAAAAUACCUCGCCAUUGGCAAACGAAAGAUACAAAAACCUCUGCAAUCAAGUAAAGAAAUCGGCAAAAAUGGACAAAAACAACUGGAUACAAGAACAAUGCGAUGAAAUUCAAAAGGGACUGGAAGUAGGAAAUAGUAAGCAAGCGUAUCAAAUGGUAAACUUGCUUAAGAAAAAAUAUGUGCCAAAACUGAACAUAAUCCAAAACAUCGAUGGGUCUUUAUCACAAACCAAACAGGAAGUACUACAAACUUGGACAACGUAUUGUACUCAAUUAUAUAAAGAUAAACAUGGCGUUAAUAAUAAAAUGGUCGACGAAUUAGAAGACAUAACACCACCAAUCGACGACGAUUCAAAUGGUAUUUUAUAUAGUGAAGUGGAAAACGCCAUAAACAAACUGAAGAAAAACAAGAGUCCAGGCAAUGAUGAGAUCACUGCGGAAAUGCUUCAAGCUGGAGGAGAAAGUCUGAUACGCAAAAUACAUGAACUGUGUAAUAGAGCAUGGAAUGAGGAGAACAUUCCUGAGGAAUGGGGAAGAUCAAUCUUAAUACCGAUCCCUAAGAAAGGAGACCUCAGUCAAUGCUCGAAUUACAGAACAAUCUCCCUCAUCAACCAUACUGGGAAAGUUCUGCUUAUGGUGUUACUAAAUAGACUAAAGCACCAGUUAGACCCGUUCCUAUCCGAGGAACAAGCGGGUUUCAGGAAGGACAGAAGCACAGUUCAUCAAAUUUUGAUACUCAGACUUUUAGCAGAAAAAGCAAAACGCAACGGUAAGAAAAUCUACAAUUGCUUCAUUGACUUUCAAAAGGCCUUUGAUACUAUCAAACAUGAAAUCAUAUGGGCAGUUCUCAAAUCGUAUGGUGUCAACAACAAGGUGGUAACAUUACUGGAAAAGAUAUAUGGAAAGUCUCGAUCAGCAGUUCGAAUAGGAACAGACCUUGGUGACUGGUUCCAAUCAAGCGUCGGAACCAGGCAAGGUGAUCCAUUAUCACCACUUCUCUUCAUUGCUUAUUUAGAAAGAAUCAUGGACCAAACAACGUCAACAAACAUCGGAAUCAAAAUCAGUGGAACUUACAUUAACAAUCUAAAAUUUGCUGACGAUAUUGACCUUUUGAGUGAGGAUCAUAUCUCACUCCAAGAUCAAAUCCUACAAAUAACAAAUGCGGCAGAAGAAGGGGGUCUCUUGAUAAACAUCAAGAAAACAAAAACAAUGGUGUUUGGUGCCAAAAAUAUUGAUAAACAAGUGGAAGUCAAUGGUCAACACAUCGAAAAUAUAGAGGAGUUUGAAUAUCUGGGAAGUCUGUUAACAUGGGACAAUAACUGCUCGAAAGAAAUAAAAAGACGAAUUAACAAAGCAAAUGGUGCAAUGGCAAGUAUGAAACAUAUGUGGGCUACUGGCAAACUCACCAUCGAAAGCAAGAUAAAACUACUGAAAACCUGCGUAUUUAGUGUGCUACUCUAUGCCUCGGAAACAUGGACACUAAAAGAGACUGACAAACAGAAAUUAUUAGCUUUUGAGAUGCGAUGCUAUCGAAGAAUACUUCGAAUUCGGUGGAUGGAUAUGGUAAAGAAUGUUGAUAUUCGAAAGCGAAUUGGUGCGCAUGAAACAAUAACAGAUGUCAUCAAAAAGCGGAAACUAAGACUUUUUGGACAUAUAUGCAGGAUGGAUGACAGCAGACUCCUCAAACACGUGGUUUUCUCUCGAAUACACGGGAAAACAAGAAGAGGACGUCCAUGUAGAGAAUGGCUGGACGACAUCACGGACUGGUGUGGUCGCAGUUGUAGAGAUUUGGUUCACCUUGCGCAGAGCAGGUACCAGUGGAAGAAUCUCAUCCGUACGGUGAUUGGCCCCAACGGGCAUUAA